AUGCUAUCCACCACUCUAAAUAGUAAAGUGAAAAGUUCAAAGUUACCGGAUAAUAUUGACGCUUCUGAUCGCGACGAAAUUGGACAUGAAAACACAACGGAUGAUAAGGUCAGAGGUUAUGUUGGACUUGGUGCAUACGAUGGACCUUCCUCUUUCGGAGGUCCCAGGGAGUCGCGGUUUCGAUCGCGCGGUCGUGUCACUGAAUUUCGACAUUCCAGGGGCGGGAGUAGAGGAGGCACUAGAGGCCGUGGUGGUUUCCCGCCAAGGGUCGAUCGUGAAGAAACCUCCUACAGAUAUCACGAACCGUUAGGAACAACAAAAACUGACAGUUGGUCACAAGGAAAUAAUAACAAAUUUUAUGAGAGAUCAGACCUGGUAGUAAAUCUACCCGAGGACCCGCGUAUUUCUAAGCUUUUACGUCGUCUGUGUGCCGAGGUUGACGUCGAAAAGUCUCUUACGAUAUGCAGCAAACUUCAAGAUGCUGUGAUGAUGCCUGAAAAUUCACGCUAUAUUAGAAGAUCAUAUGAUAUACUAGUGGAAUCAUUGUUAGAUGUCCUAUACGAUGCGCCUAGCCUUGAAACAAAAGAGAGUGCUGCAGUGGUAUUGGGCAGAAUUGGCUAUGUAAUGGGGCCUGAUUUUCGAAAGCAUCUAGAUUGGGUUAUAUCUACAUAUUCAGUGCAUAACACUUCAAUUAAGCAUCUUCUUGUACUCUCAUUCUCAGAAACAUUUCAAUUAGAUUUCGAGAAUCCAAAUCUAACGGAAUUUGCAGAAGUUAUGUUGGAUAAGAUACAAACUAUUAUUGAAGCUACAGACUCUGCCGAAGUUUUUAUGGCAGCCAUAAAUGCCAUGAUAUUGAUGUCUAACGCUUAUCCUGAACAUUUUGCUAACCACUUUGUUGAUACAGUAGAUAUAUUAGUCGGCUGGCAUGUUGAUAAUGCUCAACCUAAGAAAAUAAAGGAUUUUGCACUGCAGUCUUUAUUUAAACUGAGCCGUCAUUGGCAAGCAGAUGUAGGGUUUUCAGUAAAUCUUUUGAAUCAAUUUGUAGAAGAUAUGAUUGCUUACUGUAAUGACUUGGAUUCCAAUAAAAGUGAUAAAGAUGGAGAAAUUAACAUGUUUGAAGAUUGUAUGCAAAAAAUUUCAUCAUUUUUAAAUGUUUUCAACACAGUUGUUAAAAGUUUGGGCAACUUGUUGAGUCCUACUGUUUCACAAUCAGUAACAUGGUCUUUUUUGACGGAUUCACUAAAUAAAAUUCUAAGUGUGAUGGUUGAAACCCUGGCGGAAAAUGCAGAAUCGGAAUUAAUUUUAGCAGGUAAUGAAUGUAUUACGUUACUUUUAAAGUAUUUGCAAACAAAGUCUACUUCCUGUCAACCUGCUUUGUUUUCUCUUAUAACUUUGGAAAUUAAUAAUUAUUUACAAGUUGAUGAAAAUGUGUGUCUCAGCAUAAUAAACCUUAUAUCAGCUACUAUAAAAGAAAUAGCUUCAAAUCUGCCUUUAGAAUUUAUCAGCCAGACUAUAGGUCCUGGAUCACUACUACGUCCCCUGUGCUUUUCUGAAAACAUCCAAAUAUUGAAUGGUAUCAUGUCUAUUUACAGUAAUUUACUUAAUUUGAAAAACAUCCCACUUUUACAAGAAGCAUAUAAAUAUGUAUUGAGUGACAUACAAAAUUCCUAUUCUACAUUUGUACCAGAUGUGCAAAUAAUACAAGUUGAGUAUACAGAGGAAUACACAAAAGAUGAUGCAGAAAAAAAUAUUAUAUUUUAUUUGCAAUGUUUAUCGGAUUUGGCCAAUGCAAGUAAUUCAAUAAUUGGCAUGUGGGCUCUACAACCAAGUAUUUUGGAGUUGCUAGCUAUUAAAAUGUGUCCCCAUGAUGAAACUUUGAUGAAAAUGAGACCCGCAUUGCAAUAUGCUAUUUUAUACCUUCUUUACUCCCAUUGUAAAAAGAACAAUCAUUUUAUUGCUUCGAGUGAUUUAGUCACAAAUUCUCAAGGAAGAGCAAAAGAUUUAUUUGGAUUAUCCAACUUAUCACUGGGUGAAGUUUCAGGCUCAAGUCCCACUUCAGGCCAUCUUACUGUUAUCUUAAAUACUUUGAGUAUUGUGCUUGAUGAUCAAAUGCCAAAUGAAACUCUGAUACUUAUUCUGACAUGGAUAUCUGAUAUUUUUUGCCAGUUGGAUAAUUAUUUGCCAAUAGUGAGUUUAUCAAAAGGCUUUCUUCUAUUAACAACAAAUAUGUUGACAUUGGCACACAGUUUCGAUAGUGACAUAGUCUUACUGGUAAUAAAGAAUUUUUACUUUUUGCUCAGGAAUAAAAGUAUGGUGUGGAAUAUGCUUUUACUGAAAACAAUUGCAGUUUUGUGUACCUUACACAUUGAUCAUCAAAAUAAAACACUAGCAAAUACAUGUAAAAAGGUUCUGUUUGAACUACCAUGGGACAUAGUGCAGCAAGAACUAGACAAGCAAUUGGUGAAAACAUUUACGAGCCGGAAAUUAAAUAGUUUGGCUAUAAACUGUGACACAAAAUCAAACUCUUUUAAAGAGUAUCUUAUGAGAGGAUCCUUUUCACCAUUACCAAAUCAUCACUUCAAAACAAUAAUUAAUUGUCUCACGCAAGUAAAUCUCGAAAAUAAAAACUUUUUAUUAGACAUAUUUAUAUCUUCUUGGCCUCUACAAUGUCAAGGUAUGGACGAAAAUAAUUUAUUGUUUUUCCGACAGUGUGCAACAAAUUUUGCCUCUAUUUGCGUCAGUUGGGUACUCUCAGAAUUAGCCCAGACAUGCAUUUCGUUGAAACUUCGCACUGCAUUAGGUAAACCACAGGAAACAUUUACAAAGAUAGAAGGAAUUUUGAAAGGAGUAGCGAGAGAGAUAUCUUCGGCUGAGACAAAAUAUGUAGCUGGGGAAAAUACAAACGUAUUAGAAAUAGUAGUAGCUGAGCAAGUAAGGGCCAGAUGGCUUGUGGAGUUCAUGAUGUUCUUAGAAAAGUACACUUACAAUGCUGCGGAAGGUACGGCUACUGUACUGCCAGCUGUUCCAAAACCUGUAAAAACAUUUUUCUAUACUAACUGGACAACCUGUCGCGAAUGGCAUAACAGAGUUCGCCCUGCUGCACUUGCUGUAAGUAUAUAUAGCGGUCACUAUGGAGCAGCCAUUUACCACGCUUCGUUGAUAUUGCAAAACGCUUCUACCUCCAGCACUAAUAUCGACGUAGAAGCUAUUACAUUGAAUGCAGCGCGAGCUCUUGUAAAGAUCAAUGAACCUGAAGUUUUGCAUGGCCUAUACGUCUGGAUAAAACAAAAUUUUGAAUUAAAAUUGGCAUGGCUUAAAGGCGCUGCUGAACAAGCUAACUUCAGAUUUGAAUUAGCUUCCGACUUUUACAAGAAGAUCUAUACAAACCAGGUCAAUGAUGAUAGUGAAACAAAUGAUAAUCAGAAUGACUCAAAAGCUAACAAAUUCAUCCACGAGCAAAUUUUUGAAUGUUAUAAGAACAUACAAAGUUGGGAUGACAUGGAGGAGUGGAAACAUAUUACUGAAGGAAAUACGCGUAACACAAAUUGGGAGUCAUUUACAGAUUUAAAAUAUUUUGAAGAUAGUAACGAUAUGCCGGAACUCAGUAACUGGAAUAUUUUAGAUGUGGAAACAAAUGAAAUAUCUAAAAGUGCUUGUUCUUAUCAGGGGUUACUUGACAAAGUUGAAUCUACGUUAAUAUAUUCGGCGAUUAAUAUUUACAAUAAUAAUUAUAAUGAAAAAUACGACAAAUUGCUACAGGAAUGUGAAGAUUUGCUAAAUUCAAGCGCAGAAGAGUUUUCUCGCACAAAUGCUAUUCAUUUCCUUAAAGAUGUUGCUGUGAUGCAAUUGGCUAAUAAUGGCUUAAUUAAUAUAAUGAAAAAUGGAAAAGCAAUAACAAAUCCCUUCAAGCCCUCUGCCGUAAAGGAACAUGUUUAUGGAACGGAAAUGAAAAACCUUACUCGUAUUUUAUGGUGGAAUCAAUUUUUCACGAAGCUUAACAUGACUGAUGAAAAUGUAUUUUAUAAUGAAUGUUUAAGACUAGACGUUAUAAAAAGUGCAAGGAAGAAUGUAAACUUAGCUAUGGCAAAAAGAGAACUCCUAAAGCAUUUUAAAAACAAUUCAGCUUUCCAGCUAUGCCUAAACCUUAACACAUUGGAAGAAUUAAGCGAUGUCUUGCUAUUAUCUUCUAAUACAUAUGACCUUGAUAUAUGGACGCUAAACAAUGCUACUGCAUUAACAGAAUUAUGCAAAGUUACAUACGCGAAAGAAGAAUCGAAGGCUUGUGCUAUAAAUUUAUGUGCAAGUAUUUCGCUUGGAUUUUCUCAAAGAUUAGCGAUGGGAGAGCAAAAUUAUGAACUUAGAGAAAAAGGAACGAGAUUAUUGUUGACACUUUCAAAAUGGGUUCAAAAUGAAAAUGAAAAUAUCUUAGAAAAUGAUUCACCAUUGGCAAAGUUAGUAUCGGCCCUACCAGAAAUUGGAUUAGUAGAUAAUAAUAUAUCAGAAAACGUAAUUCCUUUGACAGAUUCAGCAGUCGGUAAAUUAUUACAAUUUGGAGUAAAUCAAUGUCCUGGUCUAGCCAAAGCUUGGGCAAACUUCGCGGCUUGGUGUUUUAGAUGGGGUCGUAAAAUGGUCGAAUUUAGUUCCAAAACUCGAGAACAACUUACUGAUAAUGACAAACUUCAAAUAGAAAGUGUAAUGAUAGGCUGUUCACCUCAAGAUUUUGAGGCGGUCUGUGAGAUAUUAUCUAAGACGAAAGCGACGUGUGACGAAGAAGACAUUGACUGGAAUGAAAUCAAUACAUCGGAAAUGAUAGAAAAUCAAUUACGCACAGUUCCCUCUUUAAACAACGCAUUUCCUGAACAUCUCGCUCUACUUGUUGACAUCUGGCGUCAAGCUCAGAAAAGAGUAUUUUCAUAUUUUGAAUUGUCAGCUGAUGCAUAUUUCAAAUUUUUGCAAUUAAUAUGUGCUUCAGACUAUAUUAAUCACAGCGGGGAAAAUGCUGUUGUUAAUGCAACUCUCAGACUUUUGCGUUUAAUAGUGAAACAUGCAAUGGAAUUACAAACAGUUCUCGAAUCAGGCUUGGCAAAUACGCCUACCCAGCCGUGGAAAGUUAUCAUCCCUCAAUUGUUUUCAAGGCUUAACCAUCCAGAAACGUAUGUAAGAAAAUGUGUUUCUGAUUUGUUAUGCAGAUUAGCUGAAGAUACGCCACAUCUUAUUACGUUCCCAGCUGUGGUCGGCGCUGUAGAAAAUGAACAAAAUAGUUUAACUGAGCUACACGUCCCCAGAUCAUUUUUAUCUAACGACGAUGCCGAUAGUGACGACGACUUAGAUUUAGAAGACUCAGCUAGUGACAAAGUGGUCAAUAACGAAUUGAAUUCAUGUUUCUUAGACAUGGUAGAGACACUUGCUAAACAAGCUCCAGAAACUAUAUUGCAGGUUAAAUUAUUAGUGAAAGAAUUGCAGAGAAUAAACUUGUUGUGGGAUGAAUUAUGUCUGGGGACAUUAGUGCAGCAUCAUACCGAGUUUAGCAAACGUCUCGUUCAAUUAGAGACUGAAAUUACAAAGGUGAAGAAUAAUUCAAAUUUGACUCCAGAGGAAAAAGAAAAGCUUAUUAAGGAAAAACACCGCAUCAUAUUCGAACCCAUCGUAUUUGUUCUUGAACAGCUUAAUAGAGUAACAUCAGCGGAGCCAGAAACUCCACAUGAAAUUGCGUUCCAAAAUAAAUUCCAAGCAAUUAUUGUUGACGUUAUUGAUAAAUUAAAAAAUCCAUCGAAUCCAGAAAAACCGCAAGAAUCGUGGGCGCCUCUUAAGCAGUUACAAAUUAAAUUGCAACAAAAAGUAAAUAAGAGAACGUUUUACAUAUUAAAAAUGUCUGAUAUUAGUCCUGUAUUAGCAGAGAUGAAAGAUACAGUGAUUACGAUGCCUGGUUUACACACAAAUAAGAGGACGGUAAGAAUUACUAUUAAAUCUAUUGAAAAUAAUGUCGCUAUACUACCUACUAAGACUAGGCCAAAAAAAUUAAUAUUUUAUGGUUCUGAUGGUAAACCUUACACGUACCUUUUCAAAGGUUUGGAAGACUUACAUUUAGACGAAAGAAUAAUGCAAUUGCUAUCAAUAACGAACACAAUGUUGGCUCGUGAUUCAGAAAAUAACGAUAAUCAAACAUACAGAGCCCGACAUUACUCAGUUAUUCCACUUGGACCUAGAUCAGGUCUCAUUAGUUGGGUUGACAACGUAACACCUCUGUUUGCCUUAUACAAACGCUGGCAAAACCGUGAAGCGGCCAUUCAAUCGGCAAAGACGAAUAAGACCGUCAACGUGCUUCGCCCUUCGGAAAUAUUCUAUAGUAAACUGAAUCCACUAUUAAAAGAAGCAGGAAUAUCAACUGAAAACAGAAAGGAGUGGCCUGUGUCGAUCUUGAAGCAAGUGUUGCAACAAUUAUCAGCGGAGACUCCCAGUGAUUUGCUUUGGCGAGAGUUGUGGUGCAGUAGCGUAAACCCCGAACAGUGGUGGCAAAUGACACGUAGGUACAGUUACUCAGUAGCCGUAAUGAGCGCAAUUGGUUACAUUAUCGGUUUAGGAGAUAGACAUUUAGACAAUGUGUUAGUGGACUUAACAUCUGGUGAGGUGGUGCAUAUUGACUAUAAUGUGUGUUUCGAAAAGGGAAAGACCCUGCGCGUGCCGGAGAAGGUGCCUUUUAGGAUGACUCCCAAUUUGGUAACAGCUCUCGGCGUCACUGGUGUUGAGGUAAGUGUUCUGUUA